GGGAGCAGCACCUCCAGAGGUCAACAUCAGUGUCACAUGCCUCGCAGUAUAUUUCCAACCUCCCGCAGGUAUCGGGGACCAAAUUCCAACUCUCGGGGGGCUCCCCGUGCUUCCAGAAGAGGUGGGAUGACUGACACUGACAGAAAGGGUGGGUCACCGCACCACAAUGCCAGCCCUCUAGUCAGAAUGGUUGUGGAAGAUCUGCAGCCCCUGUCUACAAUUGAGCGUGCUGGAUUCCGAGGGUUCGUGAGAGCACUGAACCUUGGCCAUGAUAUUCCCAAAGGGAUAUCUUCCUUACGCUCCGAACUCCUCCAGCUGUAUGGAUUGGUCAAGAGAGACGUGAAAGCAUCCCUGCGUUCUGCAGUGGAUGUUGUCCUGACAUCAGAAACAUGGACCAGAGAGACAGAAACCUACCAAACAGUCGGCUGCCAUUUUAUUGACCAUAAAUGGGAGCUCAAAUCCUACGUGCUGGAAACAAAAGAAUUGACUGGCAGACAUACAGAAGAUGAAAUCUUCAACCAACUGUGGACAAUUUCACAAGAAUGGGAAAUUAGGGAGAAGAUCCACGCUGUGGUCAUGAACAAGCCAAACAUUUUGCCGCCUGGUUCCGGAUGGGCAUACUUCCCGUGUUUUGCAUAUACUUUGGACCGUGUGUUCAAGAAAGCAUUGACCCCAGCCAAUAAAGUGCUCCUGGAGUCAUAUCACAAAGCUGCGAGAUGCCUCCACCUCGAAUCCAGCACUACAGACGAACCCAAUGAUUCCCUGCCUCCAUAUCAGCUCAUGCUAUCUGGGCACAUCGGGUGGACUGCUGCACUCAACAUGUUGGAGAAGAUUUCAAUUGAUCACAAUUCUUUAGACAAAAAAGGGUUGGCAUAUGUCAACAACACUGUGUCUGCUCUUCGACUUUUUGAAGAUGCCACUAAAGACAUGUCACAACAGAAGUAUGUCUCAGUUUCCUGCAUCAUUCCUCUAGCAAGACUGCUCAAGGGAAAACUGCAAGAGCAGGCACAAAGCGGGAACGAGAUAGCGGCCCGGUUGGGAGAAAUGUUGACACAACACUUUAAGGACAUUGAAAUGAAUUUUAAACUAGUAGCCAGCACAACUUUGGAUGCAAGAUUUAAAGACUCUGUACUGACUGGUUACAGCAGUACAGACCAGAGCAGACGAAAACUGCUCAACAAAAUACUCAAUCUGGGCAAAGCAAGCCAAUCAACAUGCACAACUCCUGCCCCUCCGGAGGAGUGCCAGGGCGGAUUGUGGAAAGAGUUUGACAAAGAGUCGGCGUGCGAAGAGGAAUUGCGCAGAUACACCGCCAAAGAGAAAAUCCCAAGGAACGGGAACCCUCUGUCCUGGUGGAGGUCCCAAAACGAUGAAUUCCCGAAUCUCAAGAGAGGGGCCCGGAGGUACCUCGGCAUCGUCUGCACCUGUGUUCCCCCAGCCCGGGCUUUCUCCAAGGCAGGCCAUGUCUUCAGCCUCCGGCAGCUCUCGCUGGAGCCUGAGAACAUCAACGUGAUGCUGUUCCUCAACCACAACGGGGUCGUCGCCCAAGAAGCUUGAGCAGGACACGGGCGAGCAGGACACACGAUGCCUGUCGGAACUUCACCCGUUACGAGUCCAUGACGGCGUCCUGCCAUCGGAGUGUGGAGGUUCCUGACAUCUUGCGGCCAUCAGGGAGCAAAUUCCAACUUGCGGGAGCCUUAGGGAAGAGGCGGGAUGCCUGAUAUUGCCAGCAGCAUACACUCUCAGAAAUAAAGUGACAGUGGAGGUACAAGGAUCACAUUUCCCAAACUUUAGGUACAAAUGAGUAUGUUCUCAAAGUAAAAAAAGUACAAAUUAAUUAUAUAUUGGCCAGGGGUACAAUUAUAUAUAUAUAUAUACCUACAGAGUACCGCCUCAGCAACAAGCAUUUGUACCUUUUUGAAGUAAUUUCAGGUCGUUUCAGAUUUCUAGUGGUCAAGAGAGGAAUUGCAGCAACAAAUUGCUCGAACCACAACACUAUUUAUCCUUCCCCUUCUCUGUGAACACGGUGAUGUUGAAACGCCAUUGGCUGUGGCAAUUGGAACCAAUUUUCAACAAAUGAGCUUGAAUUAUUGUGCAGCUAUACAAUGUUUUGGUACAGAGUCUCGGGCCAUCAAAUGCAUAUUUUGAAACCCGAAUAU